GGCCCGCGUUAGGAUGGGGAGCUGGGCACCUAGGAGGGACGGGGCGGGCCAGCGUUUCCACAGUACCCCCAAGCUGCCCAGACUUCAGCCUUGCCUGGCACUCUGGAUGGGCCCAGGGCUGCAAAAUCGGGGGCUUUGAAACUCGGCCCCUUGCGGCUGCGGCUGGGAAGCGAGUGAGAAAUAGCAGCCUCUGCACCAACAGGCAACUGCCAAGUCUGGCCCAGCAACGUUCCUUCUCUCCCCUCCCCCCAACCUUGGAUAGUUCUCUUCCCCUUCAAGGCUACCCUGCUCUGGGUCACCUGGGGGGGGGACCCUGUGUGACUGCCCCUAACCCUGCUCCCCCUCCCUGGGGGGCGGUCACCUGGAGAUGAAACGCCCCCAGCCCCAUCACCCCCAACUAUAUCCCUGUGUCCCACCCCCAAAGGCAAUGUCCUGAAAUGCCUCCCAGACCCACAGCCUCCCUACCCAUCCACCCCCAGGGAGCAGAGGCAGAUAAAGAGGGAGCAGCGUCGGGGGUCUCCCCGGCCCCAAGCCGGGGUCCGUCCCAGGCAGCGGGUGCAGCAGCGGGGGCUAUGGGGACCCCGCGAAGAACACCAUGCGGCUAGAGACGACCAGGUCCGCAGCGUAGGCCCCGAGGUUGACCCAGAAUGAAAACUUUCCUCUUUGGGGUUUCCCUCCCAUCCCCAGAGACUCGGACAAAGGGCACACUUGACAGACAUCUGAGCAAGUCAUUUUCACCCGGUUGGCUCCUAGUGCUUUGCCCAUGAGACUUUGCCUUGGGAAUUACUACUUGGGCCGCUUGUGGGGGCGUCCCUCCUCAUGAGUGAAAGCUCAAGACCAGAAGGGUAUCGGGCAGGAGCCUCUGGCCAAAGCCGGAGCCUCAGAGGCUCCCAAUGAAUCUCAGUCCCCACCUGGGGGCUCAACAUCCCGCUCAGGAGGCCAGCCUCCUGUUAGCCCUGCCACCUCUGCCCACCCCCAGGUGCUGCAGGCGCAGCCCUCCACUCAUGGGGCUGGCCAGGGAACCUGGGGUGCUCCUACCUCCCGGUCCUGGGCUCCUGCCCAGGCUGGGGCCGGGCCCAGUCCCAAGGGCUCCCUCGCCCCUCUUUCCUGCCCCACCCUGCCCAGCAGUGCUUCAGCCAAACCACAGAGUAAUCCGCUGUCACCAGAGCUCUGGGGGGUGGGGGGCGGGCAGGGCCACCUGCAUAAAGCCCAGGGACUGUGCUGGCUGGGACUCCCAGUUCCGGAGCCCGGAGCAGGUGAGGGCGCAGCUGGUGCCACGUCCAGGGCCGCUCUGCACCAUGAAGGGGCCCGCCACCAUGCUGCUGCUUCUGUCUCUUGCACUUUGCUGGUCUCUGGCUCUGGGGGAGUCUUCGGACAACGAAUUUUUCCUGGAGUUCCUCCAGACGCUGCUGGCCGGGUCUCUGGAGGACCUGUACGAGGGGCCGCUGGCCCCCUACGAUAUCAAUCCUGCCACCAAGGCCGCCAUGGCGGAGCUGAAAUCCUGCAUCGAUAACCUGGCCCCCGUGAACAAGGCAGAACUGGUCAAACUGCUGGUGUCUGUUUUAGACUCUCGUGGGGACGAUGCCUAGGAGAGCUCCAGAAGACCAAGCGCGCAUUGAAAGACCUCUGCCCGGCCCUCCUCUGCCUCUGCCUGGCCUCCCUGCCCCUCUAGCCUCUCUGGGGUACCCUCCCCGCUGCCUCGGUACCCUCCAGACAAAUCUGUCCCAAACCACUUUGCCAAUAAAGUCUCAGCGGGCUA